AUGAACCAAUCUUUAACCCCAUCUGCUGGAACAGACAGCAAGACAGGGUCGUCAAAGGCCAUAUCUUUCCAGGACUACCUCGACCUGAGCACACUCGACUGGGCUCGAUUGCGCGCCAUCCUCGCGCCCGCGCUCUACGUUGACUACACCAAGAUUGGCAAGGAGAAAUGGGACGCCAUGUCUGCCGACGACUUCAUGGCCAUGGUUUCCAACGAUGACUUCCUCGGCGAUCCGUGUGUCAAGACACAGCAUCUGAUUGGCGCCACGUACUGGGAGCGAGUGUCCGAGUCCAAGGUAAUCGGGCAUCAUCAGUUGAGGGCCGCGCAUCAGGUCUACACGAGCCCGGAUUUGAAGACGGUCAAGCUACGGGGACAUAGCCACGCCACCAACGAGCACUACUACGUCAAGAGCAGUGGAGUUUGGAAAUUUGCAGGCUUGAAGCCAGAAGUGCGAUGGAACGAGUACAAGUUUGAAGAGGUUUUCAAGGGCUCCUACACACAGUCGGAGAAACAUUCGUAG